CCACACCACCACCACCCCGCUUCUAAAUUAACGCGAGUUUGUUUUGAAUUCAUCGUAAGCGUCGCAAAGUUGACUAACGUGCCCGCAGCAACCUGUGCCGGUUGUGUGACUUGUUACGAACGUCCCCACGCCAACCUACCACCACCACCACCCCUCACGCCGCCGCGAGGUUUUGUGAAAGAGAACCACACGGCGCUUACACCUGUAAUGGCCAAUCAAGACAGAUCAAUGGAGUCGACCGAAUCGACGGAAGAGGUGGAUGAAGUGUACGUGGACUUGGUUCACGGUGACGCAAACGCCACAGAUGCGAUCGCGCUAUCCGCCAAGAUGAUGCAGGAUCCUCAGGCUCUCGUGGCCAUGCAGGAACGAGGGGACACACGUACCACGUCGCCCUCAGUCUACAUGGAGAGUUUGCCCAAGGUUGUGAAGAGGCGCGUGAACGCGCUGAGGAACCUGCAGGUGAAGUGCGCGCACAUCGAGGCCAAGUUCUACGAGGAGGUGCACGAAUUGGAGAGGAAGUAUGCCGCCCUCUACCAGCCGCACUUCAACAGGAGGCGAGAGAUCGUGAGCGGUGAGAUUGAGCCCACAGACCAGGAGUGCGAGUGGGUGGAGGAGAAAGAUGAAGAUGCAGAACUUGCUGACGACGUGAAGGAGAAAGUGAAACUGAGCGAGGAGCAGAAUGACGCCGAGAGUGCCAACCCCAACGGUAUUCCCGAGUUCUGGCUCACCGUCUUCAGGAACGUCGAUCUGCUCAGUGACAUGGUGCAGGAACACGACGAGCCUAUCUUGAGGCAUCUGCAUGACAUCAAAGUGAAGUUCUCAGAGCAAGGGAUACCGAUGAGCUUCACGCUGGACUUUUGCUUCAGCCCCAAUGAGUACUUCACGAACGCUGUGCUCACAAAAACAUACGUCAUGAAGUCUGAGCCCGACGCCAGCGACCCCUUCUCCUUCGAAGGGCCCGAGAUCGUCUCUUGCACAGGGUCCCAGAUCGACUGGAAGAAGGGCAAGGACGUGACGGUGAAGGUGAUCAAGAAGAAGCAGAAGCACAAGGGCCGUGGCACGGUGCGCACGCUCACCAAGACCGUGCCCAACGACUCCUUCUUCAACUUCUUUAACCCCCCGCAAGUGGCUGAAGGAGAAGAGCUGGACGAGGACUCGGAGGUGAUUCUGACGGCCGAUUUUGAGAUCGGACAUUUUUUCCGAGAACGCGUGGUGCCAAGGGCAGUGCUCUAUUUCACGGGAGAGGCCAUCGAGGAUGAGGAGGAGUAUGAAGAGGAGGAGGAAGAAGAUGACGAGGAUGGCCAGGAGGAAGAGGGGGAUGAAGACGAUGACGAGGAUGAGAAGAAAUGAAACCUCAAUAUUUACCGGGGGCAGGGUGGGGGAAGAUACAAGCAUAAACUAAAAAAUUGUGAACGUGCGACAAAGAAAAAUGUAAAAAAAAGAAGAAAAAAAUAUAAAAAUUUAAAACAACUCAAAAAACAUGAAAUUGUUGUCUCCAUUGGUGGAGGUCCAAAGAAGAUUGUUAGGUUUUAAUUUAACGUUCGCUUAACAAGCUUUGUAACAAUAAAAACAUUUACAGGUCACGA